GGCAACUUCUUCAACCCGCCCUUGACAUUACAGUGAUGAUGAUGUUUUUGAUUCAGUGACGAUUUCUGGUGGUCGAGAUGUUGUUCAAUUUCCCUUUGGUUCUUGUAUUAGGGUUCGCCCUUUGCUCCGCCGAGGAGCCGACAUUCGCUAGAGCCCGAAUCGAGAGCUGCCCCGGUUGCUCGCUGAACCGGCUGCCGGAGGUGAAGAAGUUCAUCUACGAGGACGUGCCCAAAUACGAUGGCGUAGACUUCAAGAAGAUACAGGGGGCUCCGCCGGAGCUCGUCCUUCUGGAUGAGAACGACGCUGAGGUGGAAAGGCACAUCCUCGGAAGAUUGAACAGGAAGGAGUGCAAUGAGCUCCUCGAGAAGAAGGGUUUUCAUCUGAAGACUAACGCCAAACUGGAGUUGUAACAGCAACAAACAUAAUUUUCUUCUAAUGGAAUCGGCAACAAUAUUAUAUACAAUACCAUAUAUUAAUCGUAAAGUAUAAAGCACACAUCUCUUCUAUUCCUCACACAUAUAUAUAUAAAUACUAUUUUUGUAUAAAUAACUACUCUAAUUCUAUAUAUAAUGCACUACAGUUUUCCUCUUCUCAGUUAAAUUAUUUUAAACUAUAUCCAUGUUUUCUGUUCUUUUGUUUUUAAUUAAUCAAGAUAGAGUUGUAAACAAAACAAAAAAACAAAAAUGAUAACAACAAGCAAUGCUUAUUCUAAAGCUAACCUGUGAUGAAAUGUAGAUGAAAGAGUUGGAGAAGACACACGUUUUUCUUUCUUAAGUUUUAUUUACACUGUACAUUGUAUAUAUAUAUAUAUUGAAACAGUAGUUUUUCUUAGCAUAUUGUUGCAGACGCGAAAUGUUGUACAUUUAUUAUUUAUUCAAUAGUCGAAACAACCUAAGCCCCAUCCAUAAGAAGAGAAACGCGCAAUUGUGUAUUUAUUUGGCAAUAAAUGAUAAACGAAGUUA